AGAGGAUAAAAGUAAGUAAAGUAGACCUAACCGACCCCGGACCCGGGUUCGUUACUCCACUAACUCCAGAUUCUGAAACCGCGCGGAAGAUAAACACUGCGGCCAGGACGUGAAGGAAGAUUAAAUUUACCUUUGAUUACAAACCAAAGUUUAGUAAAUUGAAUUGAAUAGCAGAUGGUGCCAUACAUAGUUUGAAAUAAAUUAUGAAGACUUAUAGAAUUCAUCGACUCAUCUACAUAAUAGGAUUUUUGGACCUGUUUGGAGUGAGCCUAAUUCUCCCCUUGAUUCUGCCAUUGGUAAAGAACUUGGGUGUCUCCCACUUCACUGCUGGGUGCGUCACAUCCGUCUAUGGCGCUAUCCAGUUAUUAAGCAGUCCAGUAGUGGGUCGGUGGAGUGAUAAUGUGGGCAGGCGACGAGUGAUACUGGUGUGUCUACUAUUGACUGCCAUCAGCUAUUUUGUGCUUGGGUCUUCACAGUCUCUGUUGGUGAUAAUUUUGGGCAGAGGUAUUGCAGGAAUAUUCAAGCACAGUCAGACAGUAUGUCGGGCUUUACUAGCAGACAUAACUUCUCCAGAAGAGAGAUCACAGGUUUUUGGGACAUUUAAUGCAACAUCUAGUAUGGGCUUUAUCGUAGGUCCCAUGCUUGGAGGUCACAUUGCAGAACUUAAGGAUGGAUUUUCUGUUGUAUGUAACCUGGGUGCCUUGUUCUUUCUGCUGGAUUUUGUGCUGUGUUGGAUGAUCAUCCCAGAUACACUCCAAAUGCAACCACAGUCAGCAAAGACAAAACUUGAGAGUGGUAACAGGAGUCAGCUAUAUGCAUUUAUGAAGGAUAUUAAUUGGCAGACUUUUUGGGAUGUCUUUCUCAUCCGAUUUUUCCUGAGCUUCUCUACCCUUGUGUACAGAUCUAACUUUUCACUUUUGGUUGUUCAAAACUUUGGAGCCAGCCCAAAGGUUAUUGGAUACCUCAUUUCAUUCCAGGGGAUUAUCAGUGCCAUGGCUGGUUUCUUCAUGGGCCCAGUAUCAAAGUUCUACAGAAACUCCCAGAGAGAACUAUACUAUGGCUCCCUAUUGCUGACUUUAUCUCUGUUGGGACUCACUGUUGCUCCAUCACUCACUUUACUCAUGGUAUGCUUGGUACCAUUAUGUGUUAGCUCAGCAGUUAUACGAGUCAGUGGCACUGCUGUCACAAUUAGUCGAUGUGAGCCAUCAAAGAUUGGAUCUGUGACUGGAUUCGGGCAAAGCAUCACAUCAGUGGCUCGUAUGGUCACCCCACUCAUAGCUGGGAUCUCUCAAGAAAUUAGUGUGUAUGGUCCAGGCAUGAUGGGAACUGUGUCAGCAGGAAUAGGUGCUGCUCUUUCAGGUUACAUUGCAUGUAAAAAGGCAUUGAAAGAAGAUUAAUACUACAGGGGGUAUUUUAUUAAGAUUUGGUGUGACUUUGUUUAAUACAGUACAGUAAAACCUCCAUAAUUUAUAACUUCAUCAUUCAUAAUGCAUUAUAAUUUAUUUAUUUUUAGAGCUUACUAACCUAACCUCAGGUUUGCAUAAACUGAAAUCUCUUAAAACAGUCAACUAUUUAAUUCCUUGUAUACGGCGAUCUCUGUGCUGAAUAAAUUUGUCUGGUGUUAUCCAAAUACGGCCUGUAAUAUAACAAAAGUGACUUCUCCAUUUUGAAGGGGCUAACUAUGAAAAAUAGGGAUGAGGUCCACAACCUAUAUUGUACCUCCCCAGACCAAUUCUGUUCCUGUUCAAUCAAAAUAUUGUCCUCGUAUCUGAGGUUUAGUGACCACAGUCCUCCACUCAAAACUUUUUUUUGGCUGUUUUCACUAAUCCUCCAAGAUUUUGUAUAUCUCUGGGAACCCAGUUUUUUAUUUCAUUAAUUCAUCCCAGUCCCUGCCUUCUCCUGGCCCUCGUACCCUCAACUUUGCCCAUUAAUAUUUCUGUUAUUAUCCCCAUAUUCCUAAUUAUAUGAUGAAAGUAUUUAAUUUUUCAUUUUGUCUACAUUUCAAGUAUUACUCUUGGAGUUUUUGCUAAUCUUAGUAUUUCGUUUAUUUUCCUUUCAGUGUAGCUUAUUUUUACCAUAUACGUAUAACACGUGUUUGCUGAAAGUGUCCAUCCUUCUAACCCAUACAUCAGUCCUUGCCAUAUAAAGCCUUUCAGCAGC